CUGUCACUUGUUCGUUGACGCGAAAUAUAAUUUUUUACGCGUAUUAGAUAAAUUGGUUUUAUAUUUGUUUUGAGCAUAAUUAUUCCAUUGAUAUUGCAACAUAAUAAAGAAAAUAGUUAAUAAUAGAAAGAUAGGCUGAAAGAAGUAUAAAUAUAUGUGAAAAAGUGUUUAAUAAUAUCUAACCGUUUGUAUUUGCUGGCAAAGAAAACGGAUGAGAAGUCAUAAAACUUGCACCGAUCAGCAAAAAUUGCAAUAGCAACCGCUUGAAAGAUAAUUCUACAGCAUUUUACCAUUCGUAGUAAAGCUGAAAAUGGCGAAAGUUAAAGAAUUGCAUUUAGGUAAAACAUUAAAUGAUCUGGAAAAACAUUCCGAGAUACCAGAUGCUCGCACGAAGAAAACUCAAAUACUGGUAGAAUCCGCACGAAAAUUACUACGUGAAGCAGACAAGUAUUACAGGGAAGGCGACGAAGAAUUGGCUUACGUAUUAUACAUGAAGUAUUUCAAUUUACUACACUGCAUACACAGAAAACCUGACUAUGCAGAACAUAAACAAACUGUACGCCAGGCGCUUGGUGGAAAUUCGAAUAAUAAACUAACCAUGAAUAAACUGGAGGAACUUAGCUCCUCGCUUACCCGACGUUAUGAAGCAAAACAGCUAGCCAAUACAGCGCUGCAGUCGCCAGUAAUAGCGACUCCCCCAUUAAAACAAAAUGAACGUGUUCGUGAGUACAAUGAGCUUAGCGCUUCAGAGAAAUUCGAUAUUUUGAAAGGUGAUACGGUUUUCACAACAACUACAAAUUCAAAUAAUAGUUACCAUACAUUGCAAUCGCUAAAUGUUAUAAAAUGUGAAGAGUUAUUUGAACGUAUGAAGCAGCAUAAUGUGUUGAUAAUGGAUUGCAGGCCUCGUAAUGAUUAUGAGAUGUCGCAUCUCACAUAUAAUUAUACAAUGAAUGUGCCUGAAGAAAUUAUUUCAACGGGCAUGUCCGCUGGUAAAUUGCAAGAUAAAUUAGAUAGUAGUACUAAAAUUAUGUGGUCAGCUCGCUCAAUCAAAGAGCAGGUCGUCUUAAUAGAUUGGAAUACCAAAGAUGCUAAUCCUACACCAUCUUCACCUAUCGGUAAACUACAGGAAAUACUACAGAAUUGGGACCCUGAUGUAAUUUACCGUUCACCCAUCAAAAUACUACAAGGUGGCUACGAAUUCUUUAUCAUGAUGUAUCCAACACUUUGUACCAAUCCCAGUGUACAGGCUCCCCAACAGAACAACAACGAUUUGAAUUUAAUUGACGAAAUUGAAUAUCCCUCAAUAAAUGAUAUUACAAUGAAAGAAGAAAUAAGUGGUCAUAGCUACACGCCCAGGCCAGGUAGUAGCAUGUCACGACCACUUACAUUCACUAUGUCACAGUCACCACCCAGCAUAGAUCGUACUAGUAAAAUGGCUGCUGUGAAAACGUACGAACAAAAACAAAAACCAAUUGUAGAGUUAGCUAAGGAACAGGAAGAACUAUUGGAGAAAGCACAAGCUAACGAUGAGCAAUUGAAGAAAGCGUCUGAAAAAUUGGACACCAUAUUUGAAAAGAGUAAACAAAGUCCGGAUAAAAAACAAAUAACGGCAAAGGAAACCGAACUGCUAUACUACAUUAUGCAAUUGGAGAGUGCAGCUGCAGACUAUAAAACCGAAAAUAAUCGUCUCUUAGAUGAAAUUGAAAAAUAUAAAAGCAUCAAGAAAGAAGAAGAAACUGAGUUAACACCCAACGAAAAAGAGAAUCUCGAAAAGACUGCACGUCAAAUUGAGCAUAAAAUACAAGAACGCCAAAGGCUCGACGCGCAACUGGAACGUGAGAAACAACAACGUGACCAACAGUUAGCCAUGACCAUCUCGCGUUUUCCGCGUACGUCAAUCGACAACGAAGAUGAUAUAGCCAAACCGAAAAUACCACAAUUCGAUCGAUCCGUAAAACCACACUUGUCUGCAGCUACACAUAGCAGUGCAGCUGCCACUAUAAUAGAUAGACAACGCGAUUUCUCACCAGUACCCGGCGCAAUGGGUCGCGGUUUGACCGGCUUAAAGAACCUGGGCAACACCUGCUACAUGAACAGUAUAAUACAGUGCCUCAGCAAUACGCCACAACUCACCGAAUACUGCAUAACGGACAAAUAUAAGAACUACAUUAGUCGCAGCAAUAAGACGAAGGGACACAUUGUCGAGGAAAUGGCGGCGCUCAUUAAAGUUUUAUGGAAUGGCAACUACAAGUGUGUAGCCAGCAAGGACUUGCGUUAUGUCAUGGGUCAGUACCAGCAGAUAUUCCGUGGCAUUGAACAACAAGAUUCUCACGAGUUUCUUACCAUACUCAUGGAUUGGUUACAUUCCGAUUUACAAACAUUAUAUGUACCCGAAAAGCCACGUGAUAAUAUAACACCCUCCGAAAAGGCGUGGCUCGAAUUUACCAAAGCCAAAGAGAGUCUCAUCUUGCAUUUAUUCUAUGGCCAAAUAAAAAGUACCGUUAAAUGUGUCGACUGCAACAAAGAGUCCGCUACCUACGAAUGUUUUUCGAAUUUAAGUCUAGAGUUGCCUUCAAAUGCAAAUGUUUGCUAUCUCAGCCAAUGUAUGGAUAUGUAUUUUAGCGGCGAACGCAUACACGGCUGGAAUUGUCCGAAUUGUAAGACGAAACGUGAUGCGGUGAAAAAGCUGGAUAUCUCAAAGCUGCCACCGGUGCUGGUGAUACAUCUCAAGAGAUUUUACGCCGAUACCGAAGCUGUAGGCAAUUCGUAUAAAAAGAAGCAAAAUUAUGUGCGCUUUCCCUUGGAAAAUCUCGAUAUGACGCCUUACAUUGCGAAGUCCGAAUCGCGUUCAGUGACACCGAAAACCUAUCAACUGUACGGUGUCUCUAAUCAUUAUGGCUCCAUGGAGAGCGGUCACUAUACGGCAUUUUGCAAGAGCGGCAAUUAUGGCAGGUGGUUUAAGUUCGAUGACCAAGUCGUUACAGCGUUAGACACCUCGAAUGUCGUUUCCAGCGCUGCCUACAUACUCUUCUACACCUGGCUGCCGCCCAUACAGAUAACCGAAAAUAACAAUGCAAAUUAGCUGUGAAAACGCUGAGCAAGUCGCGGUCGGAGAAGGUUGAGGUCAGAAUAGGUCGAGGAUGAGGGAGUCAAAAUGUAAUCCCUCACACGUGUCCCAGUUACUUUUUGUUAUAUUACUACUUGAAUGUUGGAAAUUCAUUGCAUUUUUUUAAUUAUUUACUCACAUAUUGUGCGUGGCUGUAUCAUUCUUGCGCUCUAGCGUCUAGUCGCAGUUAAAAAACUUGAAGUUGUUGAUUUAAAAGUAAAAAAACAAAGCAAUUAUUAUUACAUAUUUCUAAUUCA